UAGUGUGAACGUUUUUGUCGAUGACUUGACAGACUUCUAUGAAUCAAAACCUCUCUAAAAAAGUAAACCACGAAGGGUUAAAGCUGGACUGCUGCACACUGCAUUAGUUUCAGCCUUUAUAAACUGGCUACUGAGGAUCCACAGAAAGUAUCACUCUGAGCAGGCAACCAUGGCCAGCCAAUCAAUGGACAUCAUCUCAAAGGUCCUGGAGCACUCGGCCAAGCUGGUGGAGGAGAAGGUGGAUGCACAGCUGAGCAAACUGAAUGAAAUGGAUGAAGAUGAUUUGGAUAGACUGAAGGAGAAGCGACUAGAGGCACUUAAAAAAGCCCAGAAACAGAAGCAGGAGUGGUUGUCUAAAGGCCAUGGAGAGUACAGAGAAAUCUCAAGUGAGAAAGACUUUUUCGGCGAGGUCAAAGAUAGCAAGAAUGUUGUCUGCCACUUCUACCAAAACUCCACCUUCAGAUGUAAGAUCCUCGACAAACACUUGGCCAUCUUGGCAAAGAAGCAUGUUGAGACCAAAUUCAUCAAACUGAAUGUGGAUAAGGCCCCGUUUCUGACCGAGCGGCUGCGGAUCAAGGUUAUUCCGACGAUGGCCUUGCUUUUGGACGGAAUAACAAAGGACUAUGUGGUUGGAUUCUCUGACCUGGGAAACACUGAUGAGUUUCCUACAGAGAUGCUUGAAUGGAGACUCGGCUGUGCAGCUGUUAUUAACUACAGUGGUAACCUGAUGGAGCCUCCUAUGAUGACACAGAGGUCGAGCACAAAGUUCACAAAGGUGGAGAAGAAAACCAUCAGAGGGCGAGGUUACGACUCUGAUUCUGAUUCUGGAGAUGACUGAAAUUCACCUUAAGGUGUCUGGUUUUCUCUCUCGGGGCUACCUCUUUAAAAAAAAGUUUAGCAGACAGCCCACUUUAGACUUUCUUCCCCCUUUCUUUCAGUGACAUUUAAUAUUUCCAAAUAUGAAUUUACCGUAUCUAAAAUCAAUUUUUUUUAAUAAAAGUAUGUUUUGGUUUCAGCCUUA